AUGCAUUUUAUUGAGGAAGUUGUACGACAGAAGGCGACUGCACGAACGGCAUCGACGCCCAGCUCGGCCGCAAGAGCACCCAACAAGCGCAAACGAAUCAACUAUAACAUCGCCGCCUUGCAGAACGCCAUUGAACAGCAGAACUUUGAUCAAGAUGGGGAGGAGGAGAACGAAGAAUCGGAACGCCAUAGUGCCAUCGAACUCAAGAAAGCCAACCGACGAUUCGAAGAGCUUGACAGAGAGAACUUCAGCGAGAUCCACAAGAUGGAGAUACCAAAGAACCUCGGACCACCAGCUGGAAAACGCACCUCUACACCACAAGGCCGAGAUGCGCGCAUUCAAUGGACUCGAGAUCAAGCCAGGACACGUGAUGGUCAAAAAGCUCUGCACCAUUUGCGGCAACGUCAGCUUCAGCUCGUGUAUACAAUGUAG